AUGGACGCCAAACACCGUGUGGGACAGAAGGAAGUGAGCAUGUCUGCCGACCUAUCCAGUGAGCGUGCCAAUUUAGAUGAGGAUGCGAUCCGCCGACGUGAGCGUGGACGACAAGCGCAGGCUGCCUUCAGGAAGCGGCAGGCUCACGCAAGCCAGAAACUGAAAGACCACAACCGCGAUCUCAAAGACAAGAUUGAGAAGGUCGUCAAUGCCACCCACGGAGAUGAGCGUCCUGAGCUGCUUGAUGCCAUCGCCUCCCUCGCUCACAGUGUGGAUGUCGACAUCACCAGGCUCACCCAUAUGAAAAGAGGCUAUCAAAGCAGCCAAGAAAUUAUCAUCAAUCCUAAGACCAGGGAUUUCAUGUAUGAAUCCGGCGAUCCGGGGAGAUAUGACGUCCCACCUUCAACCUUCCCACAGAGGCGGGUCGAUUACGGCGUGUGGCUCGAUCCACUACAUUACACCAAGGUCUCGUUACCACCCGAGGACAUCGUUCCGUAUCUCGGGCCCGGAGCAAACACGUUCGCAGGCCGUCUUUUCUGGUUCAUCAUGGAACACGGCCACAGUAAAUGCGACUACCCACAUCCGGAUCAGGCCAUGAUGAGGAAGAGGGUCCUCGGCCACGCAAAAGCCAUGGACGGAAUACGCCCGCCCUUCAUCAAGGCUAUGGUGGAAGCGAGGAUACAGUACAAGCAAACGGGCGAGAUAUGUCAUGAGAAUGCUGCAGCGGGAGAAUCUGACUUGGCGACAGCAGUUUGUGGUCAGGUCUUGGAGGAAUACCAGGCGACAGGGAGGGACCCGACUCUUUGGCUAUCAUGCCUAUCAACAGAAACGCACGUAAGAAGCAUGGUCGGCGACGGCAUCUUUGAUAGCACUGAUGGUCUCUCGGGCUCUGAGACGGGUCCCUUUCAUCACAGUCUACUAGAAGGCAUCCAAUGCAGGCUCUAUGACACGUUUGUGUGCUUCGGAGAUGGGCCUAGGUGGACAACGGAUAUCGUCAACGAGGCGCUUCAUGAAUGGAUAAGUAGAGAAUCUAGUACAGCUAACGCGGAUCCUAUCAGCGACACACUAGAUAUCUACAAUUCUUAG